AUGAGAGGUAAACAGAUACAGAUUCAGCAGUAUCUGACUGAUGACACAGACUGGUGCCAAAUAUCACAGCGGCUGAAUCCGUACGAGGCACUGGUCCUUAACGACGUACGGAGCCAGUCUACAACGGGUGUAGAAAUGCAGCUCCUGCCCGUGAGGUCGGUUUUCAUCGACGGCAGACCAAGUAGAAACUACAUCUGGCGAGCUUCCAGCAUCGAGAUUGAUCAGAGCAACACGCAUCCAAGCGUGCUCAACGGCCUCGAUAGCGACGGCGAUGAGGACUGCGAAGAGGACUGCGAGGCGGAGGGCGAGGAGGAGGGCGAGGAGGAGCGGGAGGAGGGCGGGGAGUAUCUACGAGGGGCGGUCACCGACGAGGAGGCUGAGCCUGCAGACAGCACGCAUCUUCUCGAUCACCCCGACCGCGCGAUACCUGGAUCGCUCAGCGGGUCGCUAGGUCGGCCGAGGAACCGAGUGAAGCUGGGGACCUCGGCGCUGAAGCCCCACCACGACUCCGGUUUCCCGGAGACGAGCAACAGCGAGGAGAGUCAGGAGGGGCAGGCGGGCGGCGGCCAGGAGGCCGGCGGGCAGCAGCCUCACAACGACGGCCGAGUGUCGAACAGAAACAGUCGGGCAUCGUCGAGCAGCUGCGUGUGCAACAACAACGUGGAGUGUAGCUGCGGCGCCGGAGCGCCCAGCCACUACUCCACCUGCUCGAGUGGCGCGUCGACGCUCAUGGCGCCCCCUGGCAACACGAACAACAAUUCGACGAUGCGCUCGCACGACAACUCGACGAUGAGGUCGUGCGACUCCAACGUGAGGUCGAUGGCGUCCGUGCCGCUAUCCGUGAAGUCCCGAGCAGAGCUGCUAGACUCGCUGCAGCUGGACUCUGUCGGUAACAGAACUCACGACGACAACAGUGACGGCGAUUACUCGCUCGUGCAGCGCCCUCUGGAGAACGUGCCGGAGGGCGAGUGCUUGGGCUUUGCGAGCGAAUCGAACCGAGAGCCGAUGCGACCUCGGCGGAGGUCGCGGUCAAGGUCGCCCGGAGGUCGGAAGAGUCGGGGCUCGCGUGGCAGCACGCGCGCACGCAAUGCCGGCAAGCUUCCGGCGAACAGCUUCAAAUCUGGUCACCAUGACAUCCCGCGACGCAUGCCGGCCGAAGCGCCUGCAGCGUCACCUGGCGUCAAUUACAAACGGUUGCAUCCGGGACAGGAGUUAGUCGGGCUCGAUUUGGACAGUGCGAAUGACGUUAAUAAAUGUCCCGUAAACUAUGAGCCCCACGGCGAUGUUUUCGUGGGCACGGAUCCAUCUUUACCGGACUUUGCUGCUACGUCGGAUCCUCUGUAUGCAGAGUAUGGACCCUUUCAGCAGGCGACGUCCAGCAGUGAUGAACCGAUCAGUAACCGGUCUAGUCGAGUCUACAUAUAGUGAUGCAGAUUUAGUAGGCGCACUGACGACAUCUACUAACAUGCAACAGGCCAGUAGGAUCUGAACGCAAUGAACUCCAAGCGGCACAUCGUGUGGGCUGUCCUCUCUUGCCCUGCAUGGGCAUGCAGUAAACUUGUAGCGCUGUUUGGUGGCAAAGAAACGAGCGAGAGAAACAUUUCGUCAUUCUACGGUGUCUAGCAACAAUGCAUCGGUUACCCCAAUGGUUCCUUUUAGGAAACUACCGCGAAUUUCCGAUCUUGAAGUAUUACAAUAUUGAUCAACAGUUUGGAAUUAUUGCCUACUAUACGUUUAAACAGACCACACAGAACAGCGCCCGGCAUAUUAAAAGUCGGCAUAUUAUUCAUUUUCAGAUUGUACAGUAUGAUGAUGUUAUGUGAAAUAAGGAAGGUGGCAACACCUGUGGUAUAGGAAUCUAACGAGCCCCAUUUAGAGCGCUUCCACAACCUUCACGAGUUUCGCCCUGCAGCUAUAAUUGUUACCAGUAUGGCAGUAUCAGUUCAUUCGCUCGUAGUCUCUGCGACUAACAUUUCACUUACCACCCGCUUUAAAUUGAUGGGAACUGAUUAGCUGCUGCCACCUGUUGGAAAGAAGAUAUCACAUGUAUCUAGAGCUAGAUUGGACCCCGGCUGUGGUCACAAUAGCCUGUGUGCCACAUCAACCGCAUGACUCUUGAUGUAGCUAUGGGGAGUCGUGGUGUCUGUAAUCGAUAUCAGCUGCUGAUAACUAAAUGGUAAAUAUUGAAAUCUUCUGCUGACUGGAAGCCUGAUAUGGCUGCGAGACUAAAACAGUCUUGUGUGACAUGACCGUUCCUUAGAGCUAGCAGCUGCGUGAAACUAACCGCGUCAUCAGCUACAGUUUAAUAGUCAACUUUUCCGACUGCAUAUGAUUCGGAGUGUCAAAAUAUAGUGUCAUGACAUGAUCACUGUUUUACCGCCUGAGCACAUUCAAGAAGUACAUAAAAUAAAAAGAAUAUGCGACAA